CGACAAACACAGUAAUAAUUGCUAUAUUAUCUAAUCUAACGAAGAGGAGUUUGCUGUAGGAGGAGAAAGCUGCUAAGAAAGAAGAGAUGAGAAAGUCGAAGAGUUUCCCUUCAAUUCCAAUUCAAAGUGGUUUAAGCCUAACUACUACUACUACUACAUCUUCACAUCAUGAGCAAGUAGAGAUUGUUGUUGAAGGCCAACCCAUUAUUCCUCCCCUGUCUACAGCGGCUGACGACUCCCAAUUUCCACCCACUGCUGCUGAUCAGUUAACAUUGUGCAAUACCACGGAGCCGGAUAGCCAGACAAUAAAUGGUGCAGUAGCAGAUAAUCCUGAUCUAAAAGCCAAGGCUCCAAGUUUUGGUAGUAUUAUAUAUCACGAAUUCAGAAAAAGCUUACUACAUCAAGCUGCAUUGGGCGGAAAUUGGGGAAUGGUUGAAUACUUGUUAACGAAACAAGAGUUAUGGGGAACAUUUAGUGUAAUUGAUUCAAUAACAAGAGAUAAGGAGAACCUUCUUCACAUUUCUGCUGGAUCAAAACAUAGUGGUUUUGUAGAAAAGUUGAUGGAGAAAAUGAGUUCAGAUGAGGUGACAUUGAAAAACAAACAUGGAAACACUGCCCUUUGCUUUGCUGCUACAUCAGGAGUUGUCAGAAAUGCUGAGUUAAUGGUGAAAAAGAACUCUGAUCUUCCACUUAUUCAUGGCUUUGAAAAUAGAACUCCAUUGUUCAUGGCCAUUUCUUGUAAACGUAGAGAGAUGGCUUCUUACCUUCUUCAAGUCACUGACAUCAAUAAAUUCAACAUCCAAGAGCAAGUUGAGCUACUUAUUGCCACCAUACAUAGCAACUUCUAUGACAUGAGUUUGAAGAUUUUUGAAGAAAAUUCGAACUUAGCAAUUGUGGAAGACGAAAAGAACAACAAUGAGCUUGCAUUGCUUGUGCUAGCCAGAAAAUCAUCAGCAAUCGGUGGCAGGAAUACAUUCAACAUUUGGAAAAAGUGCAUCAAUAAUCAUUGCUUCAAAGGAAUCUACAGCAAAGAUAUGAUGAAGAAGUUGGCUCGUAAAUUAGUUAAACAAUUAUGGCUGGCUUUUCAGAAAAACUUCCCACGAGAUGACAACUUCAUUAAACUAUCUACAAGACUACUACACGAUGCUGCAAAAGCAGGAAACGUUGAGUUCAUAGUUCUACUAAUCGAAUCAAAUCCAGACAUUGUAUGGGAAGAAGAUGAUGAUGGGAAGACCAUUUUUCACAUAGCUGUCGAAAAUCGACUCGAGAAUGUGUUCAAUCUAAUACAUCACAUUAGUGGAGUGAAGGACUUCUCAACAAAGUAUAAAACUCUCAAGGGUAACUACAACAUUUUACAUUUGGCUGCAAAACUAGCUGCUUCAAACCAUCUCAAUAAGGUCUCAGGAGCUGCACUUCAAAUGCAACGUGAAUUACUUUGGUUUAAGGAAGUGGAGAAGAUAGUUUUGCCUUCCCAAUUGGAGGCCAAAUGUGAUACAGAUGAUGUUUCUAUCAAGUUAACACCACGUGAAUUAUUCACAAAAGAACACGCUCAUCUUCGCCGAAAAGGCGAGGAGUGGAUGAAGAACACUGCAAACUCAUGUAUGCUUGUUGCCACUCUAAUCGCCACCGUAGUUUUCGCCGCAGCCUUUACAGUACCCGGUGGUGGAGACAAUAGUACUGGCACUCCUAUUCAUAGACGGGAAGUUUGGUUCACUGUUUUUGUAAUGUCGGAUGCAGCUGGUUUGAUCACAUCCUCAAGUUCUAUUUUGAUGUUUUUAUCGAUGCUAACUUCGCGUUAUGCAGAAGACGACUUUUUGCACUCGCUGCCUUUAAGAUUACUGUUUGGACUCACAAUGCUAUUCUUCUCCAUCGUAUGCAUGGUCGUCGCCUUUACUGCAACCUUCUUUUUGCUCUACCAUGAGGCUAAGAUUGGUGUUCCCAUCACUAUUGCUGCAAUGGCAAUUAUUCCAAUUGGUUGUUGUGCACUUCAAUUCAAACUGUGGAUCGACACUUUUCACAACACUUUCUUGUCUAGAUUUCUUUUUAAGCCUCGUCAACGAAAAUUUCUCUCAUCAUUUUCAGUUCUUGUAAAUAUUGCACGUGAUAUAGCAAACUAGCUAGGGGUGUUGCAUUGGUUAUGUGAGAACACUACUCUUGUUGAAAUAACAGAAUUGAAAUGUAUAUUGGGUUUCAUUCA